GAUUUUUGUCGCUACAGCAUACAACACUGUAACUGUUUUUUGGAUAACCUGAUUAGUGCUGAAUUUUUUUUUUGUGAUACGAUUUUUUUACGAUCCAGACAGAAGUUUUAAACAAUGGGGAAACUAGCAUUUGUGUUGUUGAGAGUUCUUUUGCCAUUAACUUUGGGAGUUGGUGUCUAUUUUAGACGGAAUGUCAUGUCCAUUGUAUAUCUUCUGCUGCUUACUAUAUCUCCAUUUAUAAGACUUCCUACACUUACAAGAACAGGUCCAACUGAUGUCUUCUUGUACGUGGUCAUCGCAGUCAGUUUACUUAUGGUUUGCGGUCACAUCGCCUUCCACAUCGUGCUCGUAACGAUGCCUCCAUACGGACAUAUACUUCCAGAUUGCGAAAUGCUGGAGACAGUUUUCCGUCACAUGGGAUUCCUGAAGUUGAAUGAGGUUAAAGUAAUCACUGCUAUUCGUCUCGUGGCACCAGAUAUGGUGGCCCUCGUGUGCUCUGUGGUUGUCUACAUAAUCUUGCAUGUAAUCAUUCUUCCAGAGCUCGGUUGCUCGAAAAAAAAAACAUCCGAACGCUACAAAAACUUUCUUUUGUUUGUUGGGAAGUACCUGUCACUGCUGCUGUUGAUGACCGCGGCUGCCAUCAGGCCCUCAGUGCCCGGGGCUGUCUACCUGCUCGUCUUCCUCGGGGCCAUGAACUGGUGGGCGUGUAACCAGCCGCUGGGCACGGUGUUCGCCGUCUUCCUUCGCUCAGUCGCGCUCAUCAUGGCGCUGCACGUGGGCUGCGCGUGUGUGGUGCAGUGGCAGUAUGUCCAGGAUGCUGUCGGCGACCCCAGGAACUUCUACUUCCGCCUGUUUGGUUUGACGGUACUGAUGACAUCGAACUGUUCCAACAUACAGGAAGAUAUUUUUGUUCAAACUGACUGGGAUUAUUACGCAUGCCCUGUCAUCCAUAUGGUUACUUUCUACGUACUUUCUGUUGUAUCCUGCUUCAUGCUGGACUCGAGGCCACAAAAAAGGAAGCCAGUACAGCAGGCUCAAGCAAUAGGAAGUCUAAUGAUAAACAUGGAGGAAGAGAAACGAAGGCGCAGCACAGUUGGGUCAAUAGCCUUCGAAAAUGUCGAGCAAAUGUUGGAACAUGGAGAACCACGACAGAGCAGGAGGCCACCGGCGGAGAGUAGCGGACUGUUUCGGACCGUCUACUUCACUGAAGUGGUGCAAGCGGUGACACAGCUGGUCAUGGAGAACUCAUACGUAGCAGCGAGUUUUUCAAUGAUGGCGUGGAGCAUCACCCACCACAGCUGGGUGUCGUUCGUGCUGCUGGUGUGGGUGUGCCUGGCGUGGAUCCUGCCGCCCAACCAGCACUUCAACAUCCUGCGCUCGUCGCCGCUGCUCGUCGGGUACGCCCACCUGCUGCUGGGCCUGCACUACGCCUACAGCCUCGACCUGACGGAGGGGGAGCUCCCCGAGAACCCCGCCAGCCAGUUCAACCUGGUGCAGAUGGGCUUCAAGAGGCUCAAGCACUUCCCCAUCUCCCACAUCCUGAUCAAGUGCUUGUACACAUUCAGCUUCUGGAUUGUCUUGAAGCAGUUCACAGGAGAACGAGAAGUACGUCGUAAUUACGAACGCAGAGGAAGUUUGUUGGAGAGUCGUAACAAACUAGUUCAGCUCGUGGGUGAGCUGGUUGUGAACAGGAUGGCCAAAUACUGGAUCUGGUUCACUGGAGUGCUGUGGUUCAUGAUGGGCUUUCGUGGAACGCAGAUGACCAUCAAGCGCUUGAUCUACAUGUCGUUCUUUCUCAUCUACAUUUUGAGCUUCCAGCUCUUUUAUCGAUUUUGGCGGCGAAUGUUGUAUGUGACGUGGCUGCUGAUUGGGCUGUACUCACUGCUAGUGCUUAUCCUCAUAUACACUUUCCAGUUUGACUCCUUUCCAGACUUCUGGGAGAAACACCUAGGGGUACCACCUCACAUCCAAAGGGACAUCGGCCUGAGGCAGUACUCGUCCGGGCACGAACUGUUUGUGCACUUGCUGCCCAUGGUCCUGUUCAUUGCCGCGACCGUGAUCUACCUGCACUUGUACCACGACCGCUUCCUCGCCAUCACGAGCCCCAGCGCCCUCAGAGUGCCCAGGGCUGUCAGAGAUGAUUUAAGGCAGAAUGCUGCCAAAUUUUCAAAACUGGAAUCACCGGAGGUCCAGGCCAAUAACAUAAACUGGCGAGGAGGAGGUGCAGAGGACUCUAUGUUCCCGAAGAAGACACACGCCGGGCCACGCGAAGGAACCUUCAAGGCUUGGUUGUAUGGAUGCAUGAAGACUCUUCAGCAUUACUGGCCAAUAUGGAAAGAAUUGUUUUGGAGAUUUGCGUAUCUUUACCUAGGAAAAAUUUCUCUCUUGUUAAUUGGUGCUACAUGCAUAUAUGAUGUGUGCCCAUCCCAUUUCCUGUUCCUCGUAGCGGUAAUGAUGGCGCUCUUGCUUGGCCGUCGCUUCCACGGGCCAGCUAUCUGCUUCGUGUCGAUCGGAGUCUCCCUCUUCAUGAUGGCCAGGAUGAUCUACCUGGUCGACUUCUUCAACCACUCGCUUUACAAUGUCUACUGCUUGGAUUCAGAUGGCUACAACAUGUUUCCUGGGGUGUACCUCAACAAUGCAGAGUGGCUUGGCCUGUACAAGGUGGAUGAGCAUAUAUCUUUCUUGGACCUCUUCUACUUUUAUGCCGGGCUCAUUGCUGCUUUCUUGCUCCGGGCGUGUGCCAGGCAUCGCAUGGCCUUCGUGCUCACCGUGGAGCAAGCGGCCACCGGACAGAAGGUCAAGGCUCCAACCGUCAUGUUCCCCAAGAUUUAUCGCUUGAACGCGGAUAAAAGCCUCCCGCACUUCCUCAAAUUCUUGGUGAACUACGGGUUCUACAAGUUUGGCGUCGAGUUCUGCCUGGUGACGAUAGUGUGGCUAAUGGCGGUGCGGCUGGACGUAUACGCGGUUGUGUACGGGCUGUGGCUGUGCAUCAUGGUGUACCUCCCGAGGCGUGUGCUGGCCAGGGUGUGGACAGCUUUCGUCGUCUUCGUGGCUCUCAUCAUUUCCUUCCAGUACCUGAUGGCGAUCGGGCUGCCGUACAGCUCGUGCAUCGUUUACCCAUGGUCUGAAUCCCACAUAUUUAACAUCAUUCAAGAAUGGUUUCACCUAGCAGAUGUUUCGGUACCUCCUAAGUCAUACUUGUUAAUGUGUGAUAUUGUGGUGCUUAUAUCAGCGUGCCAUCAGCGUUAUGUGUUCUGGAUUGAGGCAGAAGAAAACACAAAGCCGUGUGAUGGUGGCAGCAACAAGGACAUCAGAGAUAAACUGGGCGAUCCAAACUACAUCAACCCGAUCCCUGACUUCUUUCCUAUAUCAGGGUCGUGGCUGGACUCCCUGAAGCGGAUCGCCUCCCAGGCCUUCCUGUGGCUGAGCCUGACCGCGGUGUUCUUCACCGCCGUGAACCGCGUCAACAUAUUCUCCUUUGGCUACCUGGGCCUGACGUUCUUCUACCUGUGGCACGGCGAGAAGCUGUACCUGCUGCCCACCCGCUCGAUCAUGUGGCAGUGGAACACGUGCCUGCUGGGCUACAACCUGGCUGUCAUGAUGUUGAAGAUGGUCCUGCAGAUCGUGGGCUGCAUGUUUGUGAGGAACCUCAUGGAGACAGCGUGCUGGGCCAUUGAGCUGCUGGGCAUCAGCUGCUACACUCACGACUCCCACUCUGAGCAGUCAGUCAGUGAGUGCCCUCUUCCAGAUACUUUUGCUGGACUCUGGUGGGACAUGCUGUGUUUCUCUGCGCUCAUUUUCACCCGACGCUUUUUCAUCAGCGGUUAUUUUCUCCACCUCGUUAAUGAAAUCAAGGUCAUGAUAGCACUCUCUGAUCGAGGAGCCUACUUGUAUGAGAAAUAUCAUGAGAAAAAAGCAGAGGAUAGGUUGAGGAAAGAAGAUGAAUAUUACGAAAGAGUACAAAGGAACAUGGAACGACUUAUCCAGAGACAAAAGAAAAUUCAAGGUCCGAAAUACCAGAAAUCUCCCUGGCACUAUGGAGUAAUACGUCAAGGUAACUACUACAUGUUUACGACCCCUGAAGAAGAUAUGCUAGAACAAGAAGAAACCAGUGAAGAGACAAUACUUUCGAAACCAACAGCUGAAGAUGUAUUGACAACUGCUUUCAAGACAGGCAUGGGGAAAGAGGCUGUAGUGGGCGACAUACGUCAAACAAGGAAGUUUACAGAAGUUGGUACCCGGGAGCCCGAAGAAACACCGGAGGAAACUCCUGAGGAAUCUGAAGGCUUUAGCUUGUGGGAGUAUAUGAAGUUUUUUUGGGCGUUGUUCGAAGGAUUGAUGGUGUCCCUGACUAUUGCCUUGUACAGGGCUUCCAGAGAUUACCUGUAUGUUUCACGCAUGCUGGAGUGGACAAAGAAUACUCUGAAGGCAAACCAUCAUUUCUUAGCUGGGACUCAUGAUAAAAAUGGUCUGUGGAAACCAGCAAAGCCAGUCGAAGAUUACUUGAGGGUUGUAGAGAACCCCGUGGACGAGAAGGACUUCAAGGCCCACAUCCAGCUGGACGAGAGCCAGUCGACCAUGGUGCUGCUGCUGUCGUCAAUGUUCUAUGUGAUGGUGUCGCACUCGCAGCUCGCCUGCUUCUUCAUCAUCUGCCUGGUGCAGAUCAGGUCGGCAUCGCUCAUGUCGCUGCCGCUGCCCCUCAUGGUGUUCGUGUGGGGCGUGUUCUUCACCCCGCGCCCCACCCGCAACUUCUGGGUUGUGCUGCUGGCCUACACCAAGGCGAUGAUAGUCGUCAAGUGCAUUUUCCAGUUCAGAUUCAUCCCUCUGGAACCACCGUUGGAAAACGACCACCCGUUCGAACUUGCUGGCAUCAUAGGGAUGGAGCGCUCCAUGAAUUACGUCACGUACGAGCUGGUCCUGCUCCUGACCGUGUAUUUCCACAGGUUGAUCCAGAAGUCUAUGGGACUGUGGGAAAAACAUCAUGAUGUACCAUCUUCGAACCAAUCUCACAAAAGCCAGUUCAGGGUUAUGGAGAGUGAGAUGAUGCACAGUCUGGUGGUUCCCACUGAUGUCUACACGUACAUGUUCUUCUGCAGCUUCAUCAAUUUCGUCGUUCUGCUGAUUGGAUUUGUUUCUUUUGGGAUGGACGAACCAGGGGGCAGCGUAAUAUUAAUAUUUGAACAUAACAGGAUACCAAUGCCGCUCCUAGUGCUGCUUCUGAUACAGUUCUUCUGCAUCAUCAUCGACAGAUGCAUCUACCUGCAGAGAGCUCGCCGCGCCAGGAUCAUCAUGCACUUCAUCCAGGUGGUGUUGACGCACUUCUGGCUGUUCUUCGUUCUGCCGGCAGUGUCGCAGCGGCCAUUCAACUAUUCAGUAUACCCACAAAUUUUCUACAUGGUGAUUGCCACAUAUUUUUUGUUCUCUGCAUAUCAGAUACGCUGUGGGAGCCCACUUACAAUUUCUGGCAAUGUCAUUUGUGGGGGCUACAGCCUGACCAACUAUGCUUUGUUCAAAGCGUACAUAAAUGUGCCAUUCCUGUUCGAGAUCAGGGGUGUAAUGGACUGGAUGUUCACGACGACCUCUAUGACCCUCUAUAACUUCCUGACGAUGGAGAGCAUCUACAACCACGUGUUCGAGCUGCAGUGCUACUCGGUCAUGGAGCAGCGGUAUGGGUACCCAUCAGGCACCAAGGUCCGGUCGCGCUACAAGUGGUGGUUGGGCGGCCUCAUCCUGGCCAUCAUCUUCACCAUCAUCUGGUUCCCGCUGAUCAUCUUCGCGAUCGGCAUGGCGGUCGGCAACCCCAACCCUCCGUACAGCAUGACCAUGCAGGUGGAUGCCACGGGCUACGCAUCGCUCUACGAGGCCCACUCACAGAACACGCAGAUUUACAAGUUGACACCCAAGAUGUGGAAGAAUAUGACUCGCCUGUACCAGCAGGACAGGAGAGCGAGCUUGUUCCUCAAGAACUACGAGUACACAGAUGUGUCGGUGAUAUAUCUAGACGCCAACUCCAGUUCAGUGUGGGAAGCAACGCCAGUGGACAAGCAAAUCUUCGAGAGAGCAGUGAUGAAUACAACGGAGCCGAUAACCUUCACCCUGACGUGGCGAGUGUUCCGCCCGAGCAAGGACAGCUCCCACACGGGUAUGAGCUCGGGCUACCGGAAGUGGACCUUGUCCGGGGACAGCCCCGAGAGGGCGGUGCUCUCCGAUGUGCUGCGGUACAACAGCAGCAAGGGGUUCACCAUGCCCAAGAUGUUGCCCAAGUUCCUGGAAGUCACAAACCAGGACACCGCCAAACCCAUCCCCUACCUGAUACCCGGCGCCUCCGGCAACAGGGAGGACGCGUUCCGCGACGUGAACCUGCAGCUGUACAUGGACAACCUGACGAGGCAGGACUGGUGGGAGAUGCUGGAGCAGGACUGCGACGCCCCGAGCCCGGCCCUCCUGGGAGAGCUGCCGCACUUCCAGCCCCACUGCCAGAACAACUACCUCUACACCUUCAACGAGAGGAUGAUGCCGCUCACUCUCACCAGGCUCGUCUCGGGACAAGGGAUCAUUGCAUUGUACUUCACGUUUGUGUACGUGAUCGGCCUCUUCAUCAGGUCCAUAGCGUUCGUUCCAGUCAACAAUAUAAUGUUCCAAGAGAUUCCAUACGUGCAACCUCUGCUACAGCUCUGCCUGAACGUGUACCUGGCGCGGGAGUACAGUGAUCUGAACCUCGAGGAGUACCUGUUCUCACAGGUGCUGUUCCUGUUCCGCUCGCCCGAGACGUUCAUCAAGUGGAUGCAGCCUCCUCAGUCGGAGGACGGCAGUGAUGCGACGAGUGCAACGUAGAGUGCCAGUCUUGACAAAAAAAUAAGUUCCUGUGGUUCCUUGCCUUUUUUUAUAUUAUUAUGUAUAUAAGUGUAAUAAACAGAUGUAAAUUUUACAAGUAAGUUGUUGGAAAAAUCUGAAUGACUGGAUACAUAUUUUUGUAUAGAUGAAAAUAUAAAUGCAGUGAAAGACCUA